AACAGGGGGCAGAGGACGUGCGUUGUGCAGUUGCUGUCAGCAGGGCUGUUUACUCCUAACGCUGAUGGUAACAGGAGCAAUGUGGAAGAGCAGUGCGCUGAGUGGAGUCCAGAGCGCUGCUAGACUCCAAAAUUUUUCGAGGCAAAUUCAUCCUUGGGAAAGCAUCGAUGUUUGAGGUCGAAGCUAUGAUGAAUGUAUAUUUGCGCUUUUAAUCAUUAACCGUUUGGUGUCUAAGAAGCAAAUGAAAUGGCAGUUUGUCAGUUGAAAAACUUACUUCAGACAACAAAAGAAAGGAUAAUACAACAGAGAAUGGCAUCACUAUAUGACUGUGCUCAUGGCUAUCAGGAAGAACUGGUAAAGAAGAAACUUGAGCAGUUUGCUGGUGGAUCCAUCAACCUUUCCAAAGAAGAGAAUGGCAUUGGAAUCUUGACCUUGAACAACCCAAGGCUAAUGAAUGCCUUCACAGGUACCAUGAUGCUAGAACUCCAGGAGAGGGUAACUGAAUUGGAAAACUGGAAGGAGGGCAAAGGCCUUAUCGUCUAUGGCACUGGAAACACUUUUUGUUCAGGAUCUGAUUUGAAUGCUGUCAAAGCAAUGUCCAACUCCCAGGAUGGGAUGAAUAUGUGCAUGUUUAUGCAAAAUACCUUAACCAGACUUAUGAGAUUGCCGUUGAUCAGUGUUGCACUAGUCCAAGGGAAAGCUCUCGGAGGAGGAGCAGAACUUACCACAGCAUGCGAUUUCAGGCUGAUGACUCCUGGAAGUGAAAUACGAUUCGUCCAUAAGCAGAUGGGUCUAGUCCCAGGCUGGGGAGGAGCUACCAGGCUAGUGCAGAUUGUUGGAAGUGGGGCUGCUCUCCAGCUACUGAGCGGUGCUGUCAAGGUGGACCCUGAAAGAGCACUGCGCCUGGGGCUUUCAGAGAAGACUUUGGUGUCUUCAGAUGAAACUGGAUCAUUAGAAGAAGCUCGAGCCUGGCUGAAUCUGUACACAGAAGGUCCAGCCAGUGUGAUUCAGGCUGUGAAAAAGGUGGCUACAGCAGGGAAAGAACUACCACUAGAAACUGCCUUAAGGACAGAGAAGGAUGUUUUUGGAACUCUAUGGGGUGGGCCUGCCAAUUUGCAGGCAUUGGUUCGGAGACCAAAACAUAAAUGAUGGUCAAUGUAUAAGAAAUGUUACUGAUUACAAAGCUUUCACUGAAACAGACAUUAAAUUGAAUCAUUUAAGAGCUUGUUCAUUUAAACUGGCAGUAACAUUCCUGUGUUUCACAUCAGGCAGACAUAUUUGGUGUGCAACUACAAAGAAAUCCUCAGCAGAUUCUUUAGAGUUCUAAUCAGUCAAUGAAUGGAAUUAGUGAAAUUAGUAUGUAAAGGUAAAUACUGUGCUGAGAAUGGAACUAUAAUUCUUUUGGAAUGAAGCCAAAGAUUAUUUUCUUUGGAGUUAAUUUUGUUUUUCUAAGUGGUAUGGAAAUGAAUUGCUUGAGAGAUGAGUUUUAUUUGCAGAACAGGUGCAUCUAAAGCUGCAAAAUAUGAGUUCCCCAAACCUGUGGCCAGUAUCUUAAAGCAGCUUUGGGAAAAUAACUGAUGAGAGGAUUUUUCAUUUUUUAAUCUUCAGUUCUUGGCAUAAUUGAUGAUAAAGUAACCAAGGACUUUGAUUUUAUUGGUGAUUUUUAUAGAAGCAGCUCUAAUAUACUGAGGCACUUCUAGCUGUUGUUCACUGAUUUGGAUCCAGAUCCUUAAAUGCAUUUAGGUGUCUACUUGCUGCUUGAGGAGCCAGAUGCCGUCUAACCCUAUAGGCAUCUGCAUGUUCCUGUAAUCUGGAUCUGUGCUGCUGGGUGCAUGCAAAGUUGCUGACCUGAUUUCUUUACUCAGGAUCUUGCUGAAAUCUUGGAAGGCUGUCAUGUGUAAUUCCAAAAAGAAUGGAUUUCCUUGACUGGAGAGUGAUUACUUCAGCUUCCUUGAAAGACUCCUGCAUGGAUCUGUCUAGUUAGGUCCUACUUCAGAAUAUUUUUGCUGGUAGGGCAUAUUUCGGCUGUGAAAGACCAAAGGAUUUGGAACACAGUCUCCACUUCAUGCCAGUGACUAUGCAACUAAUGAGGUAACUCAGCUGGAGAGGGUUUUCCCUUUAGAAAUUGGAAGCGGACACUGAGCCCGUGCUUAGGCAGAUAAUGCUCGAUUUAAAGCAAAACAUCUCUGAGAGCAGAAACAUGCAGACAUACCCGUGACGGAGUUUCCUGUGCUGUUAAUUAGAACACACUUGUCUCUAAAUCAGGCAGGUUUGAGAUCUCAGCCGAGGACUCACGUAACCCAGGGGUGUGUUAUCUAGGAAACUCUGGGCUAUUUGGCAUUGACAUGCGUUCUCACUCUGACCAGACAUAACUAACUGUAGGUAAGGGUACAUGAUACAAGAUUCCUUAGCGAUUCCUUGAAUGGAAAUCCUUAUUAUGGCUUCUACAGUGCAGCAGGAUUCCUCAGUUUUAGACAAUGCGGUAACUAUGCAUAUAUUUGACGAUCUUGGGCCAGAUUAACAAAGGGAAUUAGGUUCUGCCUUGUCUGUUAGAUUCUCUAGCUUCAAAGCAGAUGCUGUGCUCUGCUGGGAGUAUUUCAUUAUAUGGCUUUCAGGAUGGGGAGUGUGUAUAGCCAGAAGCAACCGAAAGAAUACUGAAGAGAGGGAUGUGUUUUGAGCUGGCACUUUACUGAGGAUAAGGAACUUGCUCUGUCCUGUUGCUCCUUCCUUUCUGCCUUCACACUUGAACCUGUUGCUUCCCCAAAAUAAAGGUCAAUUUUUAUUUUCAAUUUAAAGGAGAGAGAAAUGGGAAAAUGGGGAGAUAGUACUGAUCUGUUUUGUGUCCUCUCACUCUUUUUAUCCAAUAGCUCAGUUGCUGGGAAACUUGACUGAGUUCCCUCUGCUGCUGGAUGAUUCUUUCCUGUAAGCCAGUGGGGUUUCAAUCACUAGACUUCUGAAGUAAGGAUACUGUAAUACAGUAAAGCAUACCUGACUGUUUAGUAUUGAAACUGUUCCACUUUCCAUGAAGUUCUUAAAAGAUUCAUGGGGGAUUCUGGACUGCCAGUGCUGUUAAACCUUCAUAGCAGGCUCCAGUCUGUAUUCGUCCAGAAGCAAUAAGCACAUCACAUUGUCAUUAGCUCCCAAAAUCGUGCUUUUAAAUUGCAAAGUUUGGCCUUUGGAAUAAAUUUGCCAUUACUAAUAUUUUGAUUGCAUUUCUUAAAUGGCUGUGAAAAUUGCCUAGAACCUGACUGAGACCCUUGAAUCAUUUUGAUUUUUCAGGUGUCAGGUUGUAAAUGACCUAUUAGUGACAUUCUGUGCACUAGAUGAUGUAAAUUUGAAAGGAAUGAAAUUGUAGCAGGAAAAUGGAAUGUUUUACCUACACUUUUUGAACUAGACCUGUGCUUGACAGUAAGUGAAAUGCAAUAUGUAAAUCUAUUCGGGACCUCUUUCCAUUUUGGUUUAUAGACAAAUGAGCUUAUUUCUCAUUUCAGCAAAUGCCAUUGUCUCUUGUAUCAAAGGCCAAUAUUUGGUUCUAAGAGGAGCACAAAUAAUUUAACUAGUGUUAGGAAUGAGUAGGGUACUUUCAGAAAACUUUAAAGGAACUCAUUUCAUCUUUGGGUCUGUUGGAAUCACAGAUGUACCAAACAUAGCUUAUACUAUAUUCUGAAGACAAUUAUAUUUAGUUGUUUUGAUCAAGGAUUUUUUGAGCAGCUUAAUGUGGUGGUGUGUUCACAUAUGCAUAAUAUGAUUUUCUGUUGCUGUUUUAAAAGCAAGUACAGCCUUUUGUAUGAAAACCAGCCCAACUAAAUUUACUGUGAGUGCUAACAGAUGAAGGCUCUAGACUGAGUCACAUGAAAUGGAAUUCUUUUUUUUCCUGUUGCAAACCUAAAUUCUUUAUUAUUUCACAGAACAGUCGCUUAUCAUCUUAAAGCAACAAACACCUAUAACCUGUAGCUGAUAGGUAUUUGUAUUUUCUUUACAGUUAUUAAAGACUAUAAGACUCACCUCAGGGUUUUUUUUUCCCCCUUUAUAAAUGACCUAAAAACAGACAAACAAUAACAAAAUGCACAAAAGAAAUCAGAAACCUGUGUUCAGAAUUGGUAUUCUCAGCCUCCUCCUGACUGGCUUCAUAUGUCCUAGGGACUAGUUUGGCAACUCCCUCCUCAGCAAACCAAGCUUAAUAUUACACUGUGAAAUGCCUACCUUGUUCCCUUGCUUCUGUGUAUUGGGACAGCCUGAAUGCUUAAUAGGGCUGUAUCUGCUGGGCCAAAUGUUUAAAGGUUGGAUACUGUCACGCCAGAGAUCACUUUUAGCAAUAUGGACACUUUAGCAUACUUGCUGUUACCUAUCCUUUGACAGAAGCAUAGUUAGUUACCAAACGGGCAACUUACUUAAGCUGGAUAUUCUUACUGAACACUGGGUUUGUAAUGUGAUUGUUUACCAUAAGGUAGGGGUCCUAUGCUUGUGGCUAUCUGUUCUGAAACUGAAGAGAUGUGGUACAGAUUUCUACUAGUUUAAUCUUUUCCCCUUUCCAUUCUGCUCUAGCGUGCACAUAAGGCAGUGUGGCUGUAGCUUAGUGAAAAUUGACAGGAGAGAAGUCUCCUCCUGAAGGUAAUGGUUGAAAUAUAAGAUGGGAAUUAAUGGUUACUUUUUCUUCCUAGCUUGAUCUGGGGAGUGCAUCAGCCACUCUGAUGAUUAGCUAUUAAGCUCUUACCAGCCUUACUUUUAACUAAUUUUAGUAAUUCACAGCUGCAGUCAGCCAGCAGGAGCCAAAGGAGCAUCAUGGGUGUUUGGUUAAAAAGAGGCCUGCCUCUCUAUUUAGGUCAAGAACCCCUAAGGAUAAUCAGUGAUAAAAUUAUCUGUAGACUGUCUGGGCUGAAAGUCCUGAAAAGAUCUGUGCGGCAAGUCAUGUUCUUGUAUUUUCCAUCUUGCUUUUAACAAUACAUGCUUUCACAUUAAGAGAAAUGCAUGUAAAUAUAGGAAGUGUUCUUACUGAAUAUUUUUCACAGCAAAUUCUGAUUUUGAUUAGAGCCAAUGCAUGCUAACUCAAAACAGAGAAAGAAAUGAGAAAGCUAACAGCAAAGAAAAAAAACAUUCCCACUCCUCGCUUUCCUUUUCAAAAUCCAUGUUACUGACUUACUACAGAAUUGGAACGCGAUAGUAAAAAUCUGUGAUGAAGAAAACCCAUUCCUAGCUGAGAAAGACAGACAUUUCCUUAGUCCAUCCUACUCUCUGCUGCAAUUUCCCUUCUAUCAUCUACUUUAUUUUCCACUCUAUUUUCACUAGUUUUCCUUCUAUCUCAUCUGUGGGCAAAGGAACCAGAAACUCAAGAACUUGCACAGUUUUGCCCAAGAACAGGCAGGUCGGUCAUCAUCACAGUAAGAACAAGUCUGUAACUUUAAAUUUAGAAGUGUAAGUAAGUCUACCAUUAAAAAAAAUUACUCCAUUUAAUUCUCUUCAAAUGGUUGAAGAGAAUGGUUGGUUCAAAUCUACAAUAUCUCUUGUUGAAAGAUUUGAAGUACUUACUUACAUAUCUGCUAUUACCACCUUCUAUUCCGGGACACAUGCAUUAAGAGUCACAGUUAUGCUUUAUUUUAAAGAUGAAGCCUGGAAUCAACUGAUGCUGUUUAACAAUUGUUUUAUGUUUUUCAAAUCAAUAUAGACAAAAAGUAAACUGUACUUUUCAAAGUUCUGGCUUUUCAAAUUCUGUAAUAUGCAGAAGUUAUUUUGCAGCAUUUGGGACCAAUCCAGAAGUUGCAUCUGCAAUAAUACAUGCACAAAAUCCUUUCUGUUCUGUCACUAGUUUUGCUUUGCAGAAUAAAUAAAUAGCAGUGUAGUCCUUAA